AUGCGUGUAGAUAUUCUGAUGAUAGCAGUGCCUGCAUUUGCCCUUGCGGUCCCAUUGGACCAGCUCGGUGUAUCGGACACUCUGCUGCUUUUCCCUGCCACGAAUCAUACUUAUUUUUUCAAUCUAACCCAACCCGGUAUCCGUUGCUUCGAAGAAGAACCUACGCUGAAAUCGACGACGGUAGAUUCAUGUCGUCCUGCUCUGACAGAAAUGAGGAAUUUUCAAGAUUACAGUCGUACACAGACUUUCAGAGAACAUAAAUACCCCAAGAAACCACUGACUCCACCUAUUGCGUGGCAAGCUCGAGGUGCGACGUGCGACAUUCGUUUGGGUUCUGGCGACCCUACAGUGGAGGAUAAGAUUAGCUGGAAGGACAUUCGUACUGCAGUCACGAACAUAGUCGAAGAUUGCCAGCCACCACGCGGAGAAGGCAAAGGAGGCUGGAUUGUGGUUGGACAAAAGGGGGAAUUUGUGCUCCGUGUCUUGGGGAGGGAUCCAGUGGAGGUAGAUGAUGACCUUGUUUUAUGA